AUGCGCUGCUUCUACCUGGCUGAUGUAGAUAGGAUGGUGGGUUGCAGAAGGUUGUGGACAGGCGCUCUGUCAACUUUUCGGGUAAUCGUCCGUCACGCGACAGACGUAGUGGGCCGUCUCUCUAACAGUGCUGCCGAACGCUGCAUUCUGUGGAACUAUGGACUGGACGGGAAAACCCCACCGGAAUGCCGUUUCCACCAGCAGGAAACACCUGAGGAACCGCAUCACAGGUGUGAGGUGGUAGCACUCGUUUUCUUGGGGCAGUGCUUAACUUCUUUCAUGAAUGGAUCUUACCAGCCAACACUGAUCACCAUCUACGGCAGUGUUGUAUCUUCCCUCACUCCAUUCAAACGCCAUCUGGAGCAGUUUGCAGAAAAUGUGCAGUUCUAUCGUCUGUUUCUUCAAGGCUCGGGCACUCUAGUGUGCGGUGCAUGUGAUGCUCCCCUUUUGGUGUGGCUGGUAAUGCCGUGGGAGAAAGAUGGACCAGCCAUACAUAAGUUCGUUAUCAGGCUUGCUCAGUCAUUGCGUUGCAAUGCGCUGGUCGUAGCAGUGCCCCUCAAUGGCUCAUGUGGGCAGAAAGAGACUGUAAAGCGCCUUUCUGUCUUGCUAGAGUUGGGAAGGCAAAGAGCGCGCGCACAGCGGGUUGUCCUUGGCGGAAGUAACCUAGCAGGGAUGUUUGUUUUACUAUACCUACAGGAACGAUACAGCUCCCUACGCUUAGGUCCUUACGCCGCGGCAGCGCCCGAAACGGCACACCGCGCGGUGUGCUGCAGUGUGAUUCUCGUUGAUCCGUUUGUUGGGUGGGAAGUUGCCCAUCUCUUUCACACCAACGCACCCCAACGUUCUGCGUUUCAGGGAGUGUCGGAUGCGAACCGAGAUUCGAUACCGCCAAACCCACCACAAGCGUACUCCGCUCGUUCCCCACCAUCCACCCCGAUUUCUGUAAAGGAUCGUUUCAAACAUGCCGUGAUGAUGGCGAGUGGCUCCCGCGUCCGAAAGUGGUUUCCUCCGGCCAUCGCGUACGAGGCACCGCCGAUGGUUUUGCUUGGGAAGGAGUCCGGAAUGUGGAUAGAAGAGCUGCGUGACUUCAAUGCGAAGGUGGAUCGGUUUUGUGUCGAGGAGAACAGGCACAGGGUGCUUUUCUUCCCAUAUUCCAUUAGAACCACAGCCGCAGGUAUGCUGGUAUCGGUGAACUGCCGUGUGGAAUUGGAGCGGAUGCUGCGUAUGGUGGAGGGUUUCAUCAUCCGGCACCUUUCACGAGACGGUUGGUGUGCGGGUGUCCGACAUUCCAACACUCCAUUCAACUGGGGAGAGCCAAUGGAAAGGCAACGGUCCCCAGCUGGGGAAGUAACGAUAUGGGCAGCGUUGCCGCCGUCACAGAGAGGAGUAGUUGAGACAUCGGGGAGAAGAUGA